GGUUAGAGGGAGUUUUAGUAAUCGAGAGGGAGGGAUCAUGGAGCCAUGAUCAACCUGGCGUAGAUCGACAUGGAGAGCGAAAGGGAGAAUGGUGAGAAGGAGAAGGUGAGAGAUGAGAACAAGAGGGAGAUUGGCGAGAACGACAGGGAGAAUGGUGGCGUGGACUCACUCAGCCUGGCUCCUGUUGACAAGCCGUGCUGGUGGGACUCGAGAGAAAACGAACACGACCGGCUCAAGCUCCGGUGUAACAGUUAUGGUACUAACAGCACUCCCAGUCCUUCUGGCGAGAUGAAGCGAUUAACAAGCCAUAGCCAUAGCCAUAGACAUGGCGAUGGUCAUCAGUCUAUUGAGGACAACGGCCAUAUGAAGAGGCGUAGUUGGAUGGGAAGAAUUUGCCAGUCCCGGAGGAACGGCGUCUUCGUGUACGAGGGCUUGUUUAUCCUGUCGGCCCUGGCAGUGUAUAAAUUUUACACACAGGAUAUGGAGUUAUCGUGGUGGCCGGGUGUGUACACGUCAGCCGUCGCGUCCCGGCCGCCGCCGCCGUCCUUUGUCCCCUGCGACGUUGAUUGGCUAGCAUUCCGUUUGCACUAUCCCAAUCCCGAUGGGGACUACACGUGGAAUCACACGACUGGACUUCCAUCUGCUUGCUCGGCUGAGAGUUCCGCACGCCAUGAGGAGGAUGAUCGUCCGUCGGGGUCCCGAUUCUUCCUACGCAUUGCAGGCAAGUUCUUUCUCCGAACAGCCCAACAGUCGCCGGCAGGUAACGAUAGCCACGUGGAGAGUGGUAGUCGAGAUAACGAACACAUGGUGAACGGCUCCAUUGCUCCAGCGCCGCAGCAGCAACCGGCGCAGCAGCCGGGGAAGAAAGGGGAAGGGGAGGUGGUGGUUCAGGAUGUCCAGGUCCCUCACGUCGACAGCUUCUUGAUGACGAAGGAGCUCCUCUCAAGGGUGGCGCUUAACGGUAGCCUCAUCGUUCUGAUUCUCGGUAACUCUGCAUGGGAGGAUUUGAUCUUCAAUUGGGUGAUCUCUGCCAACAGGGUGGGUAUGGGUAACUACUUGGUCGUGGCUGUAGACGAGCCUCUGCUGAGGACUCUCGACAAGCGAGGGAUACCGGUUGCCGUCCCGAGAAGGGGGUUGCUCGGCCCCGAGUCGUCUGCAUGGAAGUCCCCAAUUGCAUACUUCAGGGAGAUGCAGAAGAUCAAGCCAGCAUCGAUCAUCGACGUGUUGGAAGCCGGAUUCGAUGUCCUGAUGGCGGAUGCGGACCAGGUAUGGUUCAGAAACCCCCUCCCCUACUUCCUCUCCCAUCCGGAGCCCGACAUUCUGUCCUCCACCGACUGCCCCUUUGCGUUGUUUGAUGACGCUUUCUUGCGCGGCACGAGCUGGCUGGAUGCCGUUGAUCCUGGCCCCUGGCCGCCGUGCGACGGGGAGAAGUACCACUUCAACGUUGGUCUCAUGUUAGUUCGGCGACGGGAACCUUCACUCCGGCUGCUCCGUGAGUGGGCCUCCAGACUGUCUGGUGCCAAUAACGAAGCGUGGGAUCAGCAGGUGUUCAACGACAUGUUGAAAGUGAUUCUCCCAUCUGCUACCUCGAAAUUGGUCCUCCCUUCAGGCAUCUACUAUCGUCUUUUCGACAGCCUGCUACUGAUUGGUGCACUCCCUCAGGGUCUCUUCGUCAACGGCUUAUCCUUCUUCUACAGCGGGCUUCCUCUCCCUUUGCCGAUUCCACCAUCUGGUUCCAGCUCAGUAGAACCUGGUCCACUUGGGAGAGCUGGAGGACGAACCUCAGGGUUGGAAACAGGACCCGAUGCAGCAUCAGCAUCUGGUAACGGUUCCGUUACAGUAACUGAUGCUAACGGAACAGGAGCGGAUGCAGUAGUCGUUGGCCCCGGCAACAACAUAGACGAGGCCUUUAGCCACCGUUUUCCCACGCCGUAUGUGAUGCAUUCGACCUACAUAGAUGGCGGACACAGUAUUAAGCGGAUGCGGCUGAGAGACUGCGCUCUCUGGGACAUGGACCCUCCUUCAUAUCUGUUUCCAUCGGAGAGGGGUUUCUUGCGCUACCAACAUGUGAUUCCAGACGAACGGCUGGACGAAGCAGCCAGCAAUCCUGAGAAGAACCUCAGUUUGCGCAGGCUGCAGCUGGGGUGGCUGCGUGACGCUCUCGCCAUCGCCUUCGUGCUGGACAGGAUCCUCAUCAUGCCAACUCUGUUCGGCGAGUGGCCGAUGUGUUGCAAGGUGGAAAUGUGGAAGGGAAAAGUGCCGGGGGCUCGAAAUCGGGGCUGGACUGAUUACGUGUUAAACAUAGUGGCAAUGGACGAAAAUGGAGAUGGAGAGUUGAUUCGAGGCAGUGAUUUCUUGAGCAGUCGCUGGAUUAGUCAAGAUCUACGGCGAUCUAGGCUGAACGUUGCGGUCCUGGAAGGAGAAGAAGUGGCAUCACUUUCUCUUCCUCUGACGCAUUCCACUCCCAGAGUGGGAAGGCCGGGCAACGGGACGGAAAAGGAAGGUAAGGAGAAGGUCAUGGACAGUGAUCCUGACGGCGCUGACAUAACAGUCUCACGGCCGUUUGAUAGAAAGCUUCUGGAGGUCGCGGGGACGAYGAAUCUCACUGGUGAGCUGUCUGAUGACUCCCUUUACUGUGUCAAUGGCAGUCYCUUGGCGUCGGAGGUUGGGAUGGAGAAGGCGACACGCGUAAAGAUUACACGUAAUAUGACGGACGUCCAGGUGGCGUCUUGUUUUGGACCGUUUGGCCAUGUCAAACUACUAGAGUUUUCGACCAUGGAUGAGGUGUUUGGAGGUUUUGUCAAUGUCUCGGACAGAGAUCUUUUCACGUACGUUGGAACAGCCCCUGUCGAGGAACCAUUCCAAGUUGUUUUCUCAACGUCUUGUUUGGGAGGAGAAGCGAAAGAAUGGGUUCUGGCGGAAGCUAAUGCCGCCGGAUUUGAAGAUGUAGGUGAAUGGGUUGGAAUGUUGACCUUGAAACAGUUCCUUGCCAAAAUCAAGGAACGUUUCUUGGACAAGACUACGACCGAUAAGGCCUUUGACCAGCUUACCUCCAUUGGGCAAAAGCACUGGACCUCAGUAGAGUCUUUGUCAAGGGAGGUUGACCGGUUGCUGCAGGUUUCAGGAUUGAACCUGCAAGAUAACCAAAUCCUGUAUAUUUACUCCCGUGCUCUGGGUGAGCCUAUUCGAGGACAACUUGUGGCAGAGUCUAAAUCAGGUAAGUACAAUUAUAGGCAAUUUCGAGAUUUGGCUCUCCAGAGAGAGCAAACGACAUCUCAGUUCAAUAACACUUAUGCAUCUGUGGUGAAGCAUGGUAGUGGUGGUGGUGCAGGUUAUGGAAAGCGAGUGAUCUGGCGUCAGAAACGCCAGACCAUACCCUCGUCGUUUUCGACGACGACACGGUAGAGAAGUGGCCAUUGGAGGCCGAGGGUGUGGGAAACAGCAGUGAUUCCGGGAAGGGGGAAGUCACUGCUGCCGUGGUCAACAAGGGAGGACCACGACCGCCAGGUAAGAAGAAGAGACCACGCUCCUUUCGCGAGCAUCCCGGCAUUGCGGCAGGGAAGCCCUGGGAGAAAAUGGGAAUGAUAGGGACACUUGGCAAGAAAGAAUGAACAAUGCACAAUGUC